GGAAAACAUUGAGAGCAACGCUGGAAGCACUGCUGAAGCCUCAAAUUUCAGUACUAUUUUCGCUGAAAAACUUGAAUGGUGAUUUAAAAGACAGUGAGUAUGAUUAACAUGGAUUUUGAUCCUGUGACUGCAGUGCCCUCAGACUCAGUUGGCGCUUUCUUCACCAGUUCUGACCACUUUCAGCAUUCACUUACAGCUGAGCAUGAAGAGAGUACUCCUAGUCAAAACUCCAAAAGUUGUCUGCAUCAAGACUCUAUCAUCAAAAGUAGUUCCUAUACAAAUGAUGGUCACCAUGUUCACUUUUCAUCCCCUUUGACAAGAAUCCACAUAUUGUCAUCACCAGAUAGCUCUCAAAGCACCCAGGAUGCUUCUGAUAUAUUUGAAGAAGAGUGCUCUUCUGUAAAAUGGAAUGCAGCAGGCAAGAUGCUCCACAAAUUAACAUCUGUUGAUGGAGGAGAAAAGGGAGAUAUAAAUGAACACCUUCGGGAGCAGGUUGUCCCAUGUUCAGAUGAUGAGAAAAAUGGGUCUGAACAAUGUGGCAGGGACAAGGUGUACAUUCAUCUGGGUGACACAUUUAAAGAUAUAAGUCUGCAAAUGUCUAAUGUUGUCUUGGGAAAAGACAACCAUGUAGCACAUUCAGUAAAUGACAGCCUUUCUCCGCAGAGGUUUUCUGAUUAUUUGUGCACAGAGAAAAACAUUUGUCAAAAUUUUCCGGAACGUCAAGGCUUAAUUGAGGACACUGCUAUUAAAGAGAAUUCAGGCAUCCUAGAUGUUGUAGAAGAAGACUAUAUAAUGGCUGACAUACAAAAUGAGCACAACAAUGAGAAUACAGAAGAGCACUUAUCAGAAGAAACAAUAUCAGGUGGUUCAUCAAAAUCAUUGCCAAUAAUUGUUGGAACACAUGCUAAUAUACUGGUACAACCUUUUGAGAAUCCCUUGGACAUGGCCAAGCAGUCAGAAUUGUCACCAAAGAACAAAAAAGUAUCCCACUUGGAUUCACAGAAAGGAUUGAUUUACCAAAGUGAAAGCAAGGAGAGUGUAGAAAUGCAGGCCAAGGAAGUCAUUUCUGACAUUUUGAAUUGUAUCUGUAUAGAAAACAAUUGCCAAGGCAAAGAGAAGGAAAGCCAAACGGCAGUUGACAGCAUCUCAAUGUUUAGUAAGCAUGUAGUACAACAGGAAAGUAACAUGAAUUGCUUGAAAAGAAAAGCUGUGACUUUUGACAGAGAAAGUGAAACGCCUGAUAGUAAAGUGCCAAAGAUGGAAGCAACUGAUCUUUUUGUCCACCAAUACUUAUGUCAUAAGUCAGAAUCCAAAGGUGACUUUCCCAUUGCAGCAGAAGACAGUGAAAGACAAAUCCAAGAGAACAAGAGUCCUUUUUGCAUUAUAGCAGAAAACAAUGAUAGCAACAUCCAAGAAGACCAGAAUGAUUGUCCCAUUAUAACAGGAGACAGUGAGAGUCACAUCCAAGAAGACAAGAGUUAUUUUCCCACUGAAGCAGUAGCCAGUGAUAGUCAUAUCCCAGAGGACAAGAGUCAUUUUUCCAUUAUACAUGUAACAGAAAACAGUGAUAGCCAAAUCCAAGAAGACAAGAGUGAUUUUCCCAUUAUAACAGAAGUCAGUGAUAGUCACAUUCACAAGAACGAGUGUGAUUUUCGCCCUGAAGCAUAUGACAGACAUUGCCACAACCAUAUAGAUGACGGUCAUUGCCACAUCCAAGCAGAUGACAGCCAUUGCCACAGCCAAGCAGAUGACAUUCAUAGUCACAUCCAAGCGGAUGACAGCCAUUGUCACAGCCAAGCAGAUGACAUUCAUUGUCUCAUCGAAGCAGAUAACAGUCAUUGCCACAUCCAAGCAGAUGACAGCCAUUGCCAUAGCCAAGCAGGUGACAGUCAUUGUCACAGUCAAGCAGAUAACAGUCAUAGCCACAGCCAAGCAGAUGACAGUCAUUACCACAACCAAGCAGAUGACAGUCAUUACCACAGUCAAGCAGAUGACAGUCAUAGCCACAGCCAAGCAGAUGACAGCCAUUGCAACAACCAAGCAGAUGACAGUCAUUGCAACAACCAAGCAGAUGACGGUCAUUGCCACAGCCAAGCAGAUGACAGUCAUUACCACAGCCAAGCAGAUGACAGCCAUUGCCACAGCCAAGCAGAUGACAGCCAUUGCCACAGCCAAGCAGAUGACAUUCAUAGUCACAUCCAAGCGGAUGACAGCCAUUGUCACAGCCAAGCAGAUGACAUUCAUUGUCUCAUCGAAGCAGAUAACAGUCAUUGCCACAUCCAAGCAGAUGACAGCCAUUGCCAUAGCCAAGCAGGUGACAGUCAUUGUCACAGUCAAGCAGAUAACAGUCAUAGCCACAGCCAAGCAGAUGACAGUCAUUACCACAACCAAGCAGAUGACAGUCAUUACCACAGUCAAGCAGAUGACAGUCAUAGCCACAGCCAAGCAGAUGACAGCCAUUGCAACAACCAAGCAGAUGACAGUCAUUACCACAACCAAGCAGAUGACGGUCAUUGCCACAGCCAAGCAGAUGACAGUCAUUACCACAGCCAAGCAGAUGACAGUGAUCAGCUAGUACCAUGCACAGGGACAUUCAGUGUUUCCUGUAAUCUGUUAGAGAUGCAUGACAGUGCCAGUAAAACAGGGUCACCCUAUGGGAGCAGUGAUGAUGGUAGUUGUAGCAAACUUUACUCUUGUGACCUGGACCUGUUAGAUGAGAUGGAUAUCCUUCUGUGUAGCCCAGUGGAGAAGAAGGCACUGUUUGAUCAAAGUGUUAGCCCUGUGAACCUUUCCACAGCUACCAGUCCUGUAUUACACAGUGACAGCACACCACAAAGUUCAUUAUCACAAGGGACAAACUCUCCAUCAAAAGAUACUGUGUUCAGAUGGCAAAAGCAGAUUGUUAAAAAUGCUGUGCCAGAGGACAGUCUCCCCAGUAUACUGCCACUCCCUACUUGUAGAAAACCACUGAGGAUAGGACUAUCCAGGAAGCAGAAAGUACAACCACUACACUUACGAUUUCAACCUAAACAUUCACAGAACUGAACUGCGCUCUAAAUAAAUGAUUUAAUGAUGUUUGUUUUUAAAUUUAUUGUGAUAAUAUUACAUGAAUAUGUAUGUAUGGGAAUCUAGAGUACAUACAAUUUUCUGAGGAAUAUAUGGUUCAGCCUCAUUUGGUUUGUUACAGUGAAAAUGUGAUGUAACCUUUAACUCAUAGAUUGUUGUUAAUGUUUAUUACCAUUCGAUUUUAUUGGAAUUUAUUAUAGAAAAUUGUUAAUAGUUUAUUAUUGAUAUUUUGUGCAUUUUUAAUUAUAAAUUUACAUGUGAAUAUUUUGCAAAUCAUUAUUUAUACAU